AUGGAGGACGAUAACAAUACCGUGAUACCCAACUUACAUGGUCUCUGGAUCGAAUGCUGCGAACCAACUUGCAAAAAGUGGCGUUACGUAGCGAACAUCGAUGACCCGCUUGAAGUGCCUGAAGAAUGGUAUUGCUCCAUGAAUCCCGAUAAAUCAAGAAACAAAUGUUCGGCACCGGAGUGCACGGAACUCCCGAAGGACGAAAUGUUCAUCGAGAGUAAAUUCAAGGCAGGGAGUAUCGUGUGGGCCAAAGUAAUCGGGCAUCCAUGGAGUCCGGCGAUGAUCGACUUCUCUCCCGAAUUUAAGCGAUUUUAUUGGUUCGACAAUCCCAAUUCGAUCGUACCGAGCCAGUAUUACGUGACAUUUUUCGGCAAAACUAUAGUGACUCGCGCCUGGAUUAAAAGCAAUUUCUUCAAACCAUUUGUAGGAAAUGAGAAUCCCUCGUUUGCCCUGAAGGCUAAGCUCCGUGGGAAAAAUUUGACCGUUUCACAACGCAAAAAGAUUGUCGAAGGAUGUGCCAUUGCGGAGGAGGCAAUGCAUCUAACAAUUUUGCAGAGAUUGAAAAAAUACAGUUACAACUCUUGGAGAUUGGCCAAGCAGCUGUCUAAAUUAUUUAAGAAUACGGAGAAUAGCACCAAUUCAAUUCAACCUGCUCCUCAUGCAGAUUCUGGUAGCUCUGAAAACGAUGCCGGGCCGAGCGGUAUCGAAAAGAAUACCCUGAUCGUCAUAAACGACAGACCGAGAAGAUCCCUGAAGCAACCAAAAAAAAAGGAACAGGAAAAAUAUUCAACAAAGACAUCAUUUAAACGUGAGAAAACACCCGUAGUAACGACAGCAGAAAAUGAGAAUACAGAACUCAAUGACAGCGGGAUAAAUAAUGCUACCGAAAUGUCAAGUAGUUCGAACUGUGAUUCGUUGAACGACACUUGUAGCGUUAAUUCGAGCCUUCUCCAAGACUCCUUGACGUUUAAAGGCGAGGGAACAUUUCUGGCUCCCUUGAACAGACAUGCGAUUGACACGAGGAAAGAGCAGAAAAACCAAGGUGUAGCAGAAAAAUAUUCGGUUCUCCCUGACAAGAAACAUCUGAACGUAUCGGAAAUUCGCAAAGCGGUGAACAAGCCAUUCCAAAAGCUGGUUGUGAAUUCCAACGUUGCUCAAACGAAAAACGAAGAACCGUCUUCGAUCGACAAAGUCAUCGAAGAGGGCGAGGCAACGAUGGUCAAAUCGCCUGAAGUGAUAGAGUGCUCACCUCAGCGUCCGCCCAGUAGUCUUUCCCUGAGGUUGAGAUCCCUCAACGAGGACAGAAAGAAUCGGUGCAGCUUGCAAGGAUCGAUGUCCGAGAAGUUGAUUAGGAAUGACAAAGAAAACGAACUUCCGGGAUCUCGAUAUCUUAAAGCACUCUCCGAAUUCACAACGAGAGACGAAUCGGCUCAUGAAAGUUGGACUCAGUCUGGCCGAAAAACCGGAGACCAGACUUCCGCUAUCCGCAAACCGCCGGCAUGGUUCUUUGAUGAUAAGAAGAGGGAGGAAGAGCAGGAGAAAAGCUUUGAGAAAGUGAUUUCUCGAAUGUCUAUCGACGGUGAUAUCGACAGGAUUCGUACCGAGGCAAGACAGAGCUUGCUCAGUGAGACGUCAGGAGAAUCGGGUCCGACUGUAAGUCGACAGAAUGAGAGGUUGGAAAAACGACCGCAGCACAUUCAGUACAUCGAGCUGCUCACUAGUGAUGAGGAUUUUUAACUCGUUUAAUUGCGGCGCGUCAAGUGUGACGUAAGUUUUUUUUUGUCUUCUCAUUUCACUGCAACUCUUAUAAGGUAUUAGGCCACAUGAUCAGUAUCGCAACAGGGAGUUCAUUUUACAAAUUAAUUUAUCGUACAUAAAUGUUGUCGGCUUAACUUGAAUACCAACUAAAUAUCGUAAUUCGUACCGUGGUGUAAUGCGAUCUAACAUAAUAGUAGAAGACGAUUAAACAAAAAACGAAUAAAUCACAUCGAUACAUAAUGUGAGGGUAAGAAAUAUAAAUCUAUUUCUUCUUUAUCGAUGUGCGGAAACGGGGCACUGCCGUUGAAGAUUUGUUGAUAGUAAGUUUUUUAACAAGAACUGAGAACACAAGAUUUUACUUACCGACUGGAGCUUAAAGUAGUCGCGUGUGUUGCCGACAAAAAGAUUUUCCGGUGUUUCUACUGAUUCAGAGAUCAGUCGCUAGUGCCGCGCUGCCGCUCCAAAAUCAUUUCAAUUAAAUUGGAUAAUACGAAAAUAACGCAAAAACGCGUACGCGAGUUGGCCUAAGUCGUACCUACAGAUAUAUUACCGUGUGAUUUAAUAAUUUUCAUUCCAUGUUAAAAACGAUAUCUCAUUACUUGCGUUG